CAUAUAAAAGGAAGAUUGCAUAUGGAAAAUGUACACAGCUCAUCACUAUUAUCUGAUAUGGCUCAAACAUCUGAUGUUAUGCAAAAAUAUUAUAUGCAACAUAUUUGUGAUGCUCCUGAAGAGGAAAUAUCUAAAUUGGAGCGUGCCGCAAAAGAAAACAACAAAAAUAUGAAGAAGAAAUCAAAGAAGAUACGUCAAAAAUUGAUGAAAAAUCCUUCAGAAUACACAAUGCACAUUCCAACGUAUGAUGCACUGCCAACAAAUCAUAAUAAAAUUUUGACUUACAUUAAGUCUUUACAACUUACAAAUACAAAAGUUCAUGCCAAUGUUGUCGGAGCAGGACCGGAUAAACAUUUACAAGGACUUUUAAUGCACUUGAAACAAAAUUCAGCUGAUAGGACCAUGUUUUUGAAAUCUGGAGGUUUGACAAUACUGUCACAAAUUAUUUCCCGAGGUCCAAAUAAGACAUUCACAACCAAGAGUCUAACAAUAGCUGCACAAGUAUUUAAUUAUACUUGCAUGAAUCAUCAAGAAAAUCAGAAACAUGCUAUAAUGAGCAAUGGCAUUCUAUCACUACUAGAUGUUCUGAAUACCACACUACGGCGAUUUUCUUCAAUUUCCGAAGCCGAAGAUGAAGACAUGGUUUUGUGCGUGGAGCUGCUGCGGGCACUGAAUUGUACGCUGAUCGUUGACCCGUCUCGUGAUAACAGUUUGGCGCCAGAAAUCAAAGAGAAACUAUGCGACAUAGUCGGAUAUGUCGUAGCGAUCGGCCUUGUAGAAAAGAUGGCACUUCUUCUUGCUUCUGCAAGAGGUUCCUUGGAGUCUAAUCUUCUUUAAUGAGCUUUGCAGAAGAAAGUUUAGUGCUACUUAACUGUUUCAUUAGAGCUACGCCAUUCGAUAAGAAUGAUCCUAGUCAAGAUGUCACGAAAAUGAUGGAAACGAUACGGUCGACUGAAUUGCUAGGUUGUGUUUCUAUGUUAUACUGCGUAGCUACACC